AUGCAAAGAGAUGUAAUUCACGCUGACGAGAAGUCGGAUUGGCAUUCAGUCCUUUCUCAAUUCCAAGCUGCGGACGAUGAUAACCGAGAUGGGCCACAAAUGGCUGAUUUGCAUUCAGUCAUGUCUCAACUCCAAAGCUCUGUUACCCAACUCCAAAGCUCAGUUGCGGCCUUGACUACUACUAUCAACGAGAGUCUUGCAAAGGUUGAGGAUCCGUUGGAGAAGGUCUUGGAGAAGCUUAUCAAAGACAGGGAUGAAUUGUCAAGGCUCGUACUUGUCAUUGCGAGUUUGUCCUCCGUGUCUACGUUUUUCAUCCCUCCUGGCGGCCUUGACUCGAAUGGGCAUAUCCGCUUUAGAGACACGCUAUUGUUUCGUUUGUACCACGUUUUUGCGGGUCUUACGUUUGCGGUGUCAUUUGCCAACCUCAGCUUUCUCCACAAGCCUUUGGAGGAGCAAAAGGAGAAGGCACUCAAGGGGUUGAGGAAGAGGAUGAAUAUUGCUGGGAUUUUCUUGUGGGUUGCUACGGUCUUCUUCUUCAUCGCGUUUGUUCUCGGGUUCUAG